CGUGACCAGAGAUACCGGAGCUUUGUUCGUGACCUUCCGCGGCGGGUUUGACACUGGUCGUGUGGAUCGGUUUUAACACUUUGUGGAGGACUUCCGUCCUUAUGGUUGCUCCUGCUUCUGUCCCCCGAGGACGCUGUCGGUGACCGUCACCUCCUGUGACCACCAUGGACUACGGAAGGACCAUGGCCCCGCCGGUGCCCCCGCACAACCCCAAACCCGCCCGGGCCGGACAGGCGCCGGAGCGGCUGCUGAAGUGCGUGCUGCUCGGGGACGGAGCGGUGGGUAAAACCAGCCUGGUGGUCAGCUACACGACGAACGGAUACCCGACGAAAUACGUCCCCACCGCGUUCGACGACUUCUCAGCUGUAGUUCAGGUGGAUGGGAACCCUGUCAGACUCCAGUUGUGUGACACUGCAGGACAGGACGAGUUUGACAAACUUCGCCACUUCUGCUACCCUCGGACUGAUGCCUUGCUGCUGUGCUUCAGUGUGGUCAGCCCCGCCUCCUUUCAAAAUGUCGGCGAGAAGUGGGUCCCCGAAAUCCGCCGUCGCUGCCCUUUCACUCCCAUCCUGUUGGUGGGGACGCAGUGUGACCUGCGGCAGGAUGUCAAGGUUCUGAUCGAGCUGGCGAGGCGGCGGGAGAGACCCGUGCUUGAGGAAGAUGCCAGGUCGCUUGCGGACAAAAUCGGCGCAGUGACGUACAUUGAGUGCUCAGCAUUAACCCAAAAGAAUCUGAAGGAGGUGUUUGACAUGGCUAUCGCUGUCGGGCUGCGGCACUCUGAUCAGAGAGCGCGGCGGGAGAGGAAAGUGCGUAGCACAGCUGAUAAGAUGAAGACUCUCUCCAAGUCGUGGUGGAAGAAAUAUGUGUGCAUCCAGUAAGGAGAGAGUAGCGUGGUAAAACUGAAAGUGACUUUUUCAGGGUGACUGCGUUAAGGAGUUGGAUGUACAACUGCUUCUCUCAAAGAUCCCAGUGGGGCAACGGUUCAGUGGAGGCACAACAGUCCUAUCAUUGUUGGGCAUAGCUGGGGUUAGUUUCAUUUUGACCAGAAAUGAUCCCGUCUUGAUUUCUGUUGACACCCAAUAAUAAAGAAAUAACCACUAACUGCUCCUCUGAGCCAGUAUGAACUCUAAAUAUGACUGUGACCAGCGCUCAACCAAAAAA